CGCAGCUCCUCCUCCUCUGGCCCCUGCAUUGGAGAAAUUGGGCUGGAAAAUCAGCAUGAUCUGGUAAGUGGAAGCCCCGCUGCUUCAAGACAUGGAGGCCUCUUUCUCGUUUGGAGUGAUACUUGCUGUGCUGGCCUCCCUCAUCAUUGCUGCUAACGCACUAGUGGCCCUGGCUGUGCUGUUGUUGAUCCACAGGAGCGACGGUGUAGGUCUCUGUUUCACCUUGAAUCUGGCUGUGGCUGACGCCUUGAUUGGUGUAGCCAUCUCUGGCCUGGUCUCUGACCAAGUCUCCAACUCUGCUCAGCCCACACAGAAGACCCUGUGCAGUCUUCGGAUGGCAUUUGUGACUUCCUCUGCAGCUGCCUCUGUCCUCACGGUCAUGCUGAUCGCCUUUGACAGGUACCUUGCCAUCAGGCAGCCCCUCCGCUACUUCCGGAUCAUGAGUGGGCUCGUGGCUGGAGCAUGCAUUGCCGGGCUGUGGUUGUUGUCUUACUUCAUUGGUUUCCUCCCACUCGGAGUCCCCAUCUUCCAGCAGACCGUCUACCAGGGACCCUGCAGCUUCUUUGCCGUGUUCCACCCUCGCUUCGUGCUGACCCUCUUCUGCGUUGGCUUCUUCCCAGCCCAGUUCCUCUUUGUCUUCUUCUACUGUGACAUGCUCAAGAUUGCCUCCAUGCACAGUCAGCAGAUCCGAAAGAUGGAGCACGCAGGAGCCGUGGCUGGAGCUUGCCGGCCUCCACGGACUCUCAGCGACUUCAAGGCUGUCCGCACCGUGUCUGUGCUCAUUGGAAGCUUCACUUUGUCUUGGGCUCCCUUCUUUAUCACUGGCAUUGUGCAGGUGGCCUGCCAGGAGUGCCAGCUCUACGUCGUGUUGGAACGGUACCUGUGGUUGCUUGGGGUGGGCAACUCCCUGCUCAACCCACUCAUCUAUGCCUAUUGGCAGAAGGAGGUACGACAGCAGCUCUAUCAGAUGGCCUUGGGAGUGAAGAAGGGGCUCACUGCAGUGUUCUUCCUCUUACUCUCGGCCAAGCAUGGAGGCCCAGAGAGGCCCAGAGAACGUUCUUGUCGCAUUGUCACUAUCUCCCACUGCGAGCUCAAUGGCUAAGAUGGUAAGGGCCUAGAAAUCUCCAAGUGCCUUUCCCUUGUCCCCUCUGGGCCUUAACUAGAUCAGAUGGACCUGGGGAAAUGAAAGAAC